UUGUCCAGUAACCUGAUCAAAUAUUGAGACACCUCCCUGAUAUUCACAAAUGGCCUCAUAUGACUAAUUCCACUACACCUUUAUGCAGAUAUAAGUGCGUAGAUAAUACCUACUAACAACAGUCCCUUCUAAGUUAGACUGACAUAUUUAUCCUUGAACUAAGCCAACGGAAAAUUUUUACUACAUAUCCAUCUGUCCGUCACGUUUUUCCCCACCACUGAAGUGUGCGUCAUGAAUAUUCAGUAGCAGUAAUUGAAAUCAAUAUUCAUAGCAAAUUCGUUGGUCAGUUCAUAUAAAUAGUAAAAAUCGCCAGAUUCGUUAAAUUUCCAAAUAAAUUUAAACUUGUUCAUACAAUUAACUAAAACGGACAAAAUGACAGAAAGUUCAGCAAGAAAUGCUAUGACAAAAUACUGGGAGGAGCAUUCCCAGGAUGCAACAUUAGAGGAAAUGAUGCUGGAUUCCUCAGCCAGAGAUCUGUGUAAAGAUGAAGAACCAGAAAUUCUUUCAUAUUUACCAAAUUUAAAAAGUAAAGAUGUAGUGGAACUGGGGGCUGGCAUUGGGAGAUACUCAGCAAUAUUUGCUGAGAAGAGUAAAUCAGUUAUAGCUGUUGACUUUAUGCAGAAAUUUCUCAAUAAAAACAUGGAAAACAACUGUAAAUUUAACAACAUAGAUUACAUGUGUUCUGAUGUCACAAAACUACAACUUCUGGAGCAAAGUACUGAUCUGGUGUUUUCUAACUGGCUUCUGAUGUAUUUGGAAGAUGAAGAGAUACAAGACCUAUUAAGAAAAUCACUGACCUGGUUAAGAGAAGAUGGUUAUUUCUUCUGUAGAGAAUCUUGUUUUCAUCAAUCAGGUGACAAACCAAGAGAUCAAAACCCAACAAAUUAUCGUGAUCCAGCUUUAUAUGAAGCCAUCUUUAAUUCAGUCACAAUGCCAUCAGAAGAAGAAGGGAAGGUGUAUGGGCUUGAUUUGGUCUUCAGGAAACCUCUUACUAGUUAUGUAAAACACAAAAAGAACAAUAACCAGGUAGUAUGGUUAGUACAGAAAGUUAAACGACAAGAAGAUACACACGGCUUUGUCACAUUCAGAGAAUUUCUAGAUAAUCAACAAUACUCUAUGAAUGGCGUGUUAAGAUAUGAAAGAAUUUUUGGACAUACUUAUAUAAGUACUGGUGGAUAUGAAACAACAAAGGAAUUUGUAUCUAGACUAAAUCUUAAACCUGGACAGAAAGUUUUAGAUGUUGGAUGUGGGAUUGGUGGUAGUGCAUUCUAUAUGGCUAAAGAUUUUGGUGUAAAAGUAGUUGGAAUAGAUCUGUCUUCAAACAUGAUUAACUUGGCUUUGAAAAGACGAGAGGAGGUUGGAGUUUCUGUUGAGCAAGUGGAAUUUGAAGUUGCAGAUGCUACAAAGAGAGAAUACCCACCCCAUUCAUUUGAUGUUGUUUACAGCAGGGAUACCAUUUUACAUAUAAACGAUAAACCAGGUCUAUUCAAAAGACUCUAUAAAGUGCUAAAACCUGGAGGAAUUAUUUUUAUAUCUGACUACUGUUGUAGUGAGGGUGAACACACUGAGGCUUUCAAGGCUUAUGUCAAACAGCGAGGAUAUAAUCUCUUAUCACCAAAAUCGUAUGGAAAGGUAUUAGAAGAUGUUGGAUUUACCCAAGUUAAAGCAGACGACAGUACAGAUCUGUUCGUAGAAUCACUGAAGAAAGAACUGGUCAAAUUUGAAACAAUAAAGGAUGAUUUUGUAAAGGAAUUUUCAUUGGAAGAUUAUGAAUACCUGGUACAAGGAUGGAAUGACAAGCUAGUGAGAACAUCACAGGGUGACCAAAGAUGGGGAGUUUUAUAUGGUGUUAAACCAACAAAAGGAUCUCUGGACAUUUAAACAGUGAUGUUGAUCUAAGUUAUCAUACUGUCUUCCAUUAUACUGUUGGAACAAUGUAAAUAGUUGACAAGGUUAAUUUAUUACUCCAUGGAUUGUCUUUCAUUUAUUAUUUCGUUAUUCAUCGUGUUUUAAAUCAUUUUGUAUUUUUGUCAAUUAAAAUUGAGAUAAAAUUCUGUAAUUGAAAGAUUGAAUUGUUAUUAUUUUUGUUUUUUUUUUAAGUUUUGUUUGUUUGUUUGUUUUUAUUCUGUUAUUGGAAAGUUAUUCAAAAGAUAUUCUUUCCAAGCCUGACAAUCAAGAAGUGGUAGAUUUGUAAAUAAACUCAGCUUCUGUGAUAAAAACUGAAAGAUUUUGUUAACCUAAAAUUGUUUAAACUAGUUGUCAUAGAAACUUGAUAAAACAAAGAUUAAUGUCUACCAAACUUACAUAAUUCAAACUAUAUGAGUUAAGUAUAGGUUUUAUCUAUACCAUUCAGUUGCAAAUUAGCAGUUGUCUUCUGAACAAGACUUUACACAUGGCAUAUAGACAGGCCAUACAUGUACAAUUCAGAAUAUACCUAGUUUCAAUGUAAAAUAUUUAGAAAACUGUGAAAUUGAAAAAUUUGGUUGAUUAUAAAGGGGUUUUGAAGUGGUGGUCUGACACCUUAAUGCUAUGUAUUUUAUAUUAAUUUGAUCUCUCAAAUGUUUUAUAUUCAUUGCUUUCCAAACUUUUGGGUCUCAAGUUUACUUGAUGACGGUUAUUCCAGAAACAUGUGUCCUUCACAUGGGAAUCAUACUUGUUUUAUUACAUAUAUCAUAUGUUGACUUUUAUAAUUUCAAGAAUUUAAAAGACAAAAUGAAUUCCUUGAUGUUAGAAUCCCAGUGCUGUCUCAAAAUGACUCAGAUGCAAUAUUUUCUUAUUUUUCAUUCUGCCUCGAAAUAUUAUAUUGAGUAAUAUUUGCCUUUUUUUGCUGUAAGUAAAAUAUAGAAAACAAUUUCAGUCAAUAUUAUUCAUAAUACUAUCUACACAUACUGACCUCUGCAUAAAAUAUUUUAAGUACUAUGUACUUACGGUAAAAAUAUCAUUAUAUACUGUAAAAAAAGGUAUUUUCUAUUAUGAUUUGAUCAGCAAUUGUAAAAUUAAUGAUAACUCAGCACUUUUGGUUUUAAUUUUUUCAGAUAAAGACCUAUUUUUCUAUACUGAAAUGUUUGUGUAUCUUGUGUUCUUAUGAAUUUAUUUUCCAAUAGUGAUAUCUGUUAAAAAGAGAGUAUGUUUAAUUAAGGGCAUUUUCAGAGUUCUGGUACAUAUAUAUACAUAUCAUUGCUAUAUACAAGGGACCAAAAAAAGUCAAUAUUGCUGUUAAUCUAUUUUUUAUGUUUGUUUUCGUUUUGACAUUUGAACUGCUUGUCUGGUAUAAAUUUACAAACUUUCAAUUUGUAAAUUAUUACUGAUAGAAAAAUUUAGUUCAGAGUUGUGCAAUUUAUAAUGUUAUCGAAAUUUGGUGCUGUGAAUAAUAUGAAUCUUCUGUAUAUGAGUAAAUGUUAUGUGUUGAAUGAUGAGAGAAAUCAAGAUUAAUAUAUAUAAUUUUGAAAAAUACACCAAUUUUUAUUUUUCAUAAAUAUAUCCAUCGUUUGAUUGAAAAAUAAUUUGGCAAAAAUCAUUCAAAAAUUCUGUUAUUGCAAAUUAUGCCUCCCCUUUUCAAAAAUCCUGGAUCUGCCCCUGAUUGUUCAAAUCAUCAGCAAUAGUUUGGAUGAAUUUAGAGCCAUUGUCCAAAACAUAAUUAUAAAGCAAUACUAUUGUACAGUUAAUCUUCCAUGUAAACUUAUGUCUUUUUGGAAGACAUGUUAUUUCUUUAAAAAUUCAUGAUAUAACUGGUAAUAUUGGGUAAAUUUUUUUUUUUUUGUGUAUAUAUUUCUG